UGCGAGCACAGGUCUGGGAAUCUUAGUUCACGGUAAGAAAAAGCGAUUUCUAAAGAGUGUCUAGAAUAAGGACGAGAACAGUGGAGAAACAACAGAGAGGCAGGAAAGUCCAACAACUUCACAACUGGAGUGGUUUUACAGCAAAGAAAGAAAUGGCUAUAUUGCACUGCAGAAGAAACCGUGUCACUAGCAGUGCUGCUGAAGGGACGACUGGCCCGCCUUACAAACUCUGAUGCCAUCGCCGAAGGAGAAGCGCAUGUAUCCAAGGAGGAGUUCGCCAAAUAGUACGGAGCCUGCGAUGUUUGUCCCGCACUUCUUCGUGAUGAGCUCUUCCGCCCGAGACAUCUGUACAGGGUCGAACUCGCUGUCUGCUUUGGCACGGCCACGCCCGCCGCAGGCAAAGGCAAGGACGUUGUUGACAACCUUAAUCCUCUGCGUGUGCUGUUCGAUAAUUUGCUUCGGCAAAUCCCUCAUCUGGUCUAUGACCGUCUUGAGGUUGCCCGGGUCGACGUUGGAGCCGCAUCCGCAAAACACCCUGCCGGUGGUGCCGCUGAAUGUGCGGUCGUUUGUGCGGUCGAACCCAUCGAUGACUCCUUCAAUGUCCCGCGCUGCCAGACUGUCCACCUCCAAGCGUCCCGCCUCGUUGUUGUUGUUGUCGCCGUCGACGGUUCGUGUGGGGAGGUGGAACCGGUCAAAGGCAGCAACCGACGUGGCCAGGGUUGAGACGCCGACCAGGACGUUGAAGAGGGUCGUGAUGAAAUGCAUUUUUAAAAAAAGUACUUACCUAGGAGGCGUACUAUGGGUGACCUUGGUGGUGUCGAUGCGGCCAAGUUGACGAAAAAAGUGAGUACCUUACUAAUUAUUAGCUCGAAAUUGAUGUUAUGAAAGAUAUAUAUGAAAGGCAGGGGAAUAAAGAGGAGAGCGAAGGUGGGUUAUCCUACUUUAAGUCUUCACAUCUUGGUAACCCUUCACAACUCUGGUCGUCUUGUGUCCGUUUUUGGACUCGUCUCUUGUCCCAU